UACCAGGGAACGAAACUGUAUAGUUGAAGGUUCGCACAUUGUUUCUAAACAGAGCGCCGAAUUUAUUAAUAUUUAAGCUGUCAAAGGAUUUUGUGCCAAGUACGACAGUUGUUCGUAAUUGGAUGUGAAUUCUACGAUUACUAAAAAUGUCUCAUCCUUACGGAGGUCAGGCAACGCAUUCUCGGCGAAACAAACACGGAGAUAGAGCUGAAAAUUCACAGCCUGGAAGCUCGCGUUUCGAGCAUGAACAUCAUGGUCGUUCAAAGGGCAGAGGAGAAGGGCAUCCACCCUGGUUAAAGGGCAAAGCAAUAGGACUUUAUUAUAGAGAUAAAUUAUCUGCAAAACGAAAACAGAGAGAAUCCCGUGUCAUUAAAUUACCAUCAAAUGUUCAGCGAAAAAUUGAGUAUGUAUUGGAAAACUCUAAAGGAUUUUAUGAUAAAUUGUACAACAAUGAAGCACAAGCAGAAGAUAGUAACAGCAGAUUGGAGAACAAAUACACGCAUAUUCAUGAUUCACAGUUUAAAAGAAAGUUUUUAAAUAUAGUAUCUGGUAAUAUACAAGAAAAUUUAGCUAAAGCUAUGCUUGUUGAAUCAAGUAUGAAAAGAAACAAUGAUUUAGAUGCUAAGUUACUGAGCGACUAUAAGUCAAAACAAUCCUUAGAACAGUAUGAAAGUAUGAUGAAAUUUCGAUUGAAGUUACCAACAUAUCACAAGAAAUCUGAGAUUUUACAAUUAAUUAGAGAAAAUCAAGUUGUUGUAAUAAGUGGAGAGACCGGUUGUGGAAAAACAACGCAGGUUGCUCAGUUUAUACUAGAUGAUCAAUUAGAAGAAGGUAAUGGUAGCACUACUCGAAUCAUUUGUACUCAACCUAGAAGAAUUUCGGCAAUAUCUGUUGCUGAAAGAGUUGCCGCUGAAAGAGGGGAAAGGCUUGGAAAAUCUGUUGGAUUUCACAUUAGGCUUGAAAAAGUAUUACCCAGAGAUAAAGGAAGUAUACUGUUCUGUACUACUGCGAUGCUAUUGCAAUUCAUGCAAGGUGAUCCAGCUUUAAAAGACUAUUCUCAUAUAAUAUUGGAUGAAAUUCAUGAACGCUCUACUCAAAGUGAUUUUAUUAUUGCUUUGUUAAAAUUAAUUAUUCCUAAAAGACCAGAUUUAAAAGUCCUUCUUAUGAGUGCAACACUUAAUUCUGAAAGAUUUUCGAAGUAUUACAAUGAUUGUCCCAUGAUUCAUAUCCCAGGCUUCACUCAUCCAGUGGAACAAUUUUAUUUAGAAGAUAUUUUAUCAUUUACACAAUUUAAAUUUCCCGAACCACCUCCGGUACCGCAAAAUUGGAAAAAAGUUAACAAGAAGAUUAAACAAGAUCAACAAAAAAGGAACGAUUUUACCGAUUUCAUACAUCCAUACGUACAGCAACUUAUAGCCGAUAAAAAAUAUCCGAAAUAUGUGACCGAUCAAUUGAAGAAUCCUAACAGUGAAGAAAUGUCUCUCGAUCUUAUAGAAGAGUUAAUCGGAUACAUUUCUAGAACACAAGGUCCUGGAGCAAUACUAGUCUUUGUACCUGGUAUGAUGGACAUAACAAAACUACAUAAAAUGAUGAUAGAUAGUGGACGAUAUCCACAAAGUAGAUACGUUAUUUAUCCUCUUCACUCUCGUAUGCCAACGAUCGAUCAAAAGCUUAUAUUUAAAGAACCACCUGUAGGAGUUCGAAAAAUAAUAAUUGCGACUUCUAUUGCGGAGACGUCGAUAACUAUCGAAGAUGUAGUGUAUGUCGUUGACUCUGGUAGAACUAAGUAUAAAAGAUUUGAUUUGAAUAAAAAUAUCGAAACUUUAUUAUCCGAAUGGGUAUCGUUAGCUAAUGCGAAACAAAGAAAAGGUCGAGCGGGCAGAGUGAAACCUGGUUGCUGUUAUCAUUUAUAUUCGAGAGCCAGAGAAUCGACGUUUGAACAAUACCCAUUACCUGAGAUGCUAAGGACUCGUUUAGAAGAUGUUAUUUUGCAAAUAAAAAUUUUACAAUUAGGAAAGGCCAAAUCUUUUUUAGCCAGUGUUAUGGACCCGCCAGACGUAAAAGCUAUAGACUUAUCUUUAGAGCUACUCCGAAUACUUAAUGCAUUAGAUAACGAGGAACAUUUAACGCCUUUAGGGUAUCAUUUGGCACAAUUGCCGCUUGAUCCACGAACAGGAAAGAUGAUUAUAUGGGCAGCAUUGUUUUCUUGCGUAGAACCAGUUUUUGCGAUCGCGGCAAGUCUUACGUUUAAGGAUGCAUUCUAUUGCCCUUUAGGAAAAGAAGAUCAAGCAAAUAAAAAAAAACUUGAGCUUAGUUUAAACGAAUACAGUGAUCAUAUAGCAUUGGCCGAAGCUUUAAGGAGAUUCGAGGCUUCACACAGAAGAGGAAAUGCUGGUUAUUUUUGCAGGGAGCAUUUCCUCUCUUUCAAUACAUUAAAACUUCUUUCUGAAAUGAAAACUCAAUUUGCUCAGCAUUUGCAUCAAAUGAAAUUUUUAGAAACUGACAAUCCCAGCGAUAGGAACGCCAACAAAAACUCUAGCAAUAUCGCGUUAAUAAAAGCAAUAGUAUGCGCUGGACUCUAUCCAAAUGUUGCCGUUAUAAGGAGAGUUACAAAGAAAGGAACAGUUGCGUGGACUCCAGAAGACGGUAGCGUGAAUGUGCAUCCGUCAAGCGUAAACGAUAAAAUUCAUCACUUUCCAAGCCCAUUUCUUACAUACUUCGUAAAACAACGAUCGACAAUGAUAUAUUUGCAUGACACCACAUGCGUUACUGCACCAAUUCUAUUAUUCGCCGCUCCGAAUAUGUGCAUAAAAAAGGAAAAAGGAAAUUAUCUUAUUAGUUUAGCAAGUUCACAAAACUUUCCUUGCGAUUUGCGAACUGCGCAACUCAUUCAGAAAUUGCAAGAAGAAUUUAAUAACAUGUUAGAGUAUAAAAUAACACAUCCAGGAACUGUAGUUUGGAAUAGCCACGAAGGUGAUUUACUAAACGCUAUUAUAGAUUUGGUCUGCCAAAAAGACGAGGAAAUGGGAUUUUCCGAGUCCAAUAACGACGAGGGCGAAGACAAUUUUGAUAACCAUAGUCAAACAUAAUUUAGUAAUUUAUUUGAUCAAUAAAGUAAUUACAUUUGCCAGUGUUUUAAAGUACACAGAAAUAACUUGGGUAAAAGGAGCUUUUUUAGAUCUCUUUUUAAUUGACUUUAUAAAAUGAACCAUUAAAUAUAUUUAAACAAUUCCCUAAUUUUACCUACAUAAUAAUAAUAAAAAAUAGAUACAAGUACCUACAGAUACAUUACGAAUUUUGUAAUAUAAUUAGAAAAUAAAUAUUUGAUGAAACACAGUUUUUCAAUAUUAACUUUAAUCGACAAAAAUUGAACAAUUGUUCAAUGAACAAAAAAAUAAAUUGGCUUUGCAAUAUUUAGUUUCAAACGGUAAUAUUUUGUAGUUUGAAAAAUCCGUGUCGCCUUCUAUACAGCCGUGUCAAAAGGGUUGCCUACUUCUAGUUUGUACAACUACACUUGUAAGAAAUGCUAUUCUGAACCUGAAUUCUCUUCAGGGUUGUACCAACAUAAAUAAGAAUUAUUAUCAAAUCGAAUGCGUACGAAUUUACUUUCCUCAUAUUUUCCUUAUCUUAAUUUCAGUGUUGCGAAGUAAUAAAUAUAACUGGUCUAUUUAUGCUAUAGGAUGUAUUGUCAUCGAACGCCGUUACAAAGUGAGGUUACUUUGCACCUUACGGGGUAUCUUUAUACGUAUCCUAAUACGAAUCAAAAUGACGAACGAAUUUUCUCCAACCUCGGUGUAAAGAUACUCCGUUAAGCGUAAAGUAACCUCAUUUUACGGUACGGUGAUAAGUAUUACUAUAAAUAUAAAAUGAGAUUCGAGAAUGACAGCAUCCUUGACAAAAUUUAGAUGGUCUUACGAACCAGACGCAACAAGGGUAUUUCGUUCUUCGCAGAAACUUUGCAUAAUUAGAUAAAUAAACUAUAAACUUUUGUUGCUUAAACACGAUAGUUCGAUACGGUGUUUAACACGAUGUUUUGCUGUAAAAGUAAAAAACUACAAAGCGUCCGAAUAUCAACGUUAUUCACCGUAUACGUUCGCGCGUCGUCAGUAAAAAUGAACCUGAGGUCUGGCACGAGCUGAUAGCCACCACGGAUAGAAGUAAAUAGGGGGAAGGCGAAAGAGAACGAACAAGAAAGAGGGAGAGUGGACAGGAGGGACGUUCCCGGCAAUACACGGAGCGGGACACGUAGCGUCCGAUUCAGUCUGCAUCCGACCGCCGCGAGUGUCGCGUCGCGAAGCCGUGCUUGAAACUCGGGGGGACACGAGACUCCGGUACGAGUCAGUCGUGCGUGCGAGCGAGCGAGUGCGCGUGAUACGACACAACACACCGCCGGUCUCUUUAAUCCCGUGUCUAGGCGUUCAUCUCCUGCUCCUUUUCUCUUUCUCUUUCGGCAGGGCUUUAAUCACACGGAGCCGGUUAAAUGUCGCAGAUCUUGGUGCAUCGGCGAUAGAGAGAGAGUGAGAGAACGGGUCACUGAACGGCCGUACGAAGGUACGAAGAGGGAGUAAGAAAAAUAAAAGAGGGACAGAGAGGGAUUCUUCGUCGCGACGUACAACACAUACGUAUAUAUACACGUGCGAAAGCCAGAGAAGAGACGUGAACACGCGCGUGCGCACCCGCGUAUCACACAUACAUACACACACGUAUACAUAGGCGCAUAUGUACAGAGAACAGAGGGUUAGAGAGAGAGAGAGGACACCGGUGCAGGAAGAGGCGAGGGAGCCCAGUGACACCGGGAGGGUUGGGUGUUCCUCGUGCAAAACCGCCACCGGAAUAUAUGUCGUGAGUGUGCAGCCGAAGAUCUCGCGGAUAGAGGCGCGAUAGUGCGUGCCGGGGCUUUAAGAA